GUGCACAUGUCCGAUGUCGUCAUUGGGAAACCACUCUCGCGCUGCCUCGUUUCGCCUCCCUGGCGAAAAAUGGAUAAGCACAGGCUGGGCGCGCGGACGGAUGCGGAGACAUCAACAUUAAAGCAACUUAAUGGAGAAAACUAGAGGAGUCCCUUUAAGAUGACACGCACAGACCCGCCUGACAUACUAGUAUCAACUGUGCAUCGAGAUAUAAAAGUGAUUCCCAUUUCUUCACACUACAAGUCCUUGCAACCCUCCAAACAAUGUGAUUCUAUAAAUUACAGCACACUGGAGGACAGUAAGAGCAAAGUCAAUAAGAGGCGCUGCCGUACCUUUGACUAUAAGUCAUUGGAGUACCCAAAAUCACAUAAAUACUCAAUGGAGUCCCCAUACAGGAAGGCUGACAGGCAUGCAGCCAACCCAGAAGUGGCCUGGAAUGCCUUGGGCCGCCAGCAGAGAUACCGCUUUUCUGCUCCGGACAUUUUUAGUCAUAGGCUUACCCCUCAGCCAAUGGCUGCAGAGGUGGUCAGUGAAGUAGUUGUCCCUGAACAAAAAAGAAGGACCAGGUCAAAAAGUGCCCCUCGGGUCCAAACUGGUUUCACUCCUAUGUCUUUUGAAGGGUCCUCUUCUUCAGGGAGGAAGGGCAGGGAGUCACAAAGGACCCCUAGAGAAGCUCGCUGGAAACCAGAAGUAUCGCCACGUAGGGAGUCAUCCCAUGCAGCUACUAAGGCUCACAUGCAUGAAGUACAUCCCAUUAAGCUGCAGCCUCAAAUGGGAGACAGCAGUAGAUAUUCUCCUCACUAUGCUGCAGAUACUUCAGAGGAUGGAGGGCUGGAUAAGCCAGCAACUAGUCCUCAUGUCAGGUGUCGGGUGGACAUCAAACCUGAUGAUGCAGCAUUACAACAUUCUGGACGGAAACAGGCUACUCCUCAGAUGGACAUACCAUGGCAGAGGCACCACAGUGCAGGUAGUAGGAGCCUGACUGUACCACGCCAUUUCUCGUAUUCUAGAACACCAACCCCCACUGACUCGUUAGGAACAGAAAGUAGGCAUGCUUAUCAAUAUUCCCGCAGCAUGCCCAAUAGUUACAUACAACCCAUGGAGAUUCCUUUGCAAAGAAUGCCUUCCUCUAGUGACUACUAUGGUAGAGAACGUAGAGCUCAUUCCAGUCCUAAUGUGCCAACCAAAUUUUUUUAUGCAGAUGAUCCAGGGAGAUAUGUUACUACUGCUCCACCUCAGCCAAGUACUUACUUUCAUGAUGAUCGUUACACACCAGGACAAACAUACACUCCAAAGGUGCAAUAUGUCCAAGAUCCAAGGACUCGAAUGGUGCAUGCUGUAGCUACAAGACCCUAUUAUUCUGAGAUGGAGGCCUACCCAUACUCUAUGCAGACAGGGUAUCCUAAACCCUAUGCAGCAAAUGAGCCUGGGCCAUACAUCAUACAAACACCUCCAACAAGAAUAUUUUAUGGGGAUGAUCCAAGAUCUUACCAGAUUCAGACUGCUCCGCCAAGGUUUUAUUAUCCCAGUGACAUGUAUGCAAUGCCACCAGAGCAUCAUAUACCAGCAAGGGCAUAUUACACAGAAGGCCGAAGACAUGCUAGAGUAGUUCAGGCACAAACAGAUGACUGGUACGGCUCAGAUGCAUCUGGAUAUUCAACCAAUCCUGCUUCUUAUGUGUCACAAGUCACACCAACCAGAGUGCAACAGGAGCCUGUUCUAACACCGUGGUAUACCAACCCAUGUGUUGAACCUCAAAGAAUUGGCACAGAAUCCAAAUCUUACUCAAGGUCCUGGGACAACAUUCUCAACUCUCGUGUAGAGAGGGAACAACCUCUGCCUGUUCACCGGGGUCAGAGCUAUGAUGAUCUUCUUGACUCCAGGAAGCCAGCAGCAGCCACUAGUGACAAACCACAACCAGUGGUAGUCAACCUCUCCAGUUCACCAAGACGCUAUGCAGCCCUAUCAAUGUCUGAUAACUCACUGAUUGACAAAAGCCCAACAGAAACGUCAAAGAGCACUACCAGUAAACUCUGGUUUGUCACUCCUGAGAUAACAAUUACUGACAACGACAUCCGAACAGGAAACCUUAACAAGGCUGAAGGACGAUCUGCCAGUUGGGAUGUUCUUGACUCCAGAAGCACUGAGGGUCCUGAGCUGUCUCAGCGUGACUUUGAAAGCUCAACCAAAGAAAAGACGCAUGACAAUGCUUCUCUACAACAAAGCCUUGAACAACUUGAUGAGCUUCUGGCAGAUCUUGUGACCGACUACAAGCCUCCUAGUAGAAGGGCAAGUGAAGAUAUUCUGGAUCAACUAAAGAAGUUAAUUGAUGAGGAAGAGGCAGUAUCUCUAUCCAGGAAAAGCUCGAAGGCAGGUACAGAGGAGCCAGCUCCUCUUGACAAACAGCCAACGUCAAUACGAAUGAAUCCUGACUCUUUUCGAGAUAUGGAUGGGGCUAGUGAUGCCAUGAAGAGUGCAGAUGAGUGCUCCCCAGAUCAGAGCCCAGAUGAGGACGAUACAAUGAUGUGCUCAAACAACAAAUGCCGGAGGACAGAGACCUUGUUCAAUGCCUGCCUUUACUUUAAAUCCUGCCACAGCUGCUACACCUACUACUGUUCCAGGAACUGUCGUAGAGAAGAUUGGGACAUUCAUAAAGAAAGCUGCCUGUAUGGAAGAAUUGGCAGCACAUGUCGCCACAUCAUCAAACACUGUCGGGAAACUGUUGAUGUCCAUAAAGCCUUCUCCCGCAUUGCCAAGGUAGGCUACCUGUCUCGAGGGAGAGGAGUUCUCUUCCUUGGUUUCCCAAACCCAGCUUCAUCCAGUAACUUCCUGCAGUAUGGCCUCGAUAGUCUUCUUAUGUCUCCUACAUACUUGUCCCUUCGAGAGCUGGAAAGCUUCAAGGACAACCUCGGGGAAUACUGUAAAGAGCUUCAGGAAGCUGGGAAGGAGUACGACCCUAACGAAUGUUUCGUUUUGAAUGUAUCCAUUGCUGUUGGUGACCAGCUGCCUGAUGGGCCAUCACCAAGGAAUCAGGCUCCAACUGUUAGAAAAUAUGCAAAGGUGGCUUUGGCAUCCUUCAGUCCUGAGAGAAAGGUUCACAAAAAAGAAAGUGACAUGGAAACGCUGAUCCUUACUCCACCUCCUGGAACAGCAGAUAUUGACAAAGAGGGAGAGGAAGGCAGGAAGGCCAGGGAAAUCUGUUUCAUUAAUAUACAAAGGGAGCUGCGAAUUCGAGGCGUUUUCUUACGUCACGAAUACCCACAAGUCUAUCAGCAGCUCUGUGAGUUUGUGGAAAGUAACAGAAGGUUCACACCCACCACCAUUUAUCCUAUUGAUAAGAGGACCGGUAAACAGUUUAUGUGCAUGAUUAUGGCAGCCUCCGAGCCCAGGACAUUGGACUGGGUAGGCACCCCGCAUCUUCUCGAUGACAUCAUUUAAGUGCGCCUUCUGUUGUAAAUAUAUAUGUAUAGAAAUACAUAUAUAUUGAGAAACAUAUUUAUAUAUCAAUCCAAUUACAAACAUUUGUAGAUAAGUAUUUUGUUAUCAAAAUAAUAUAUCUUCAUGUCUGCUUGGUCAGUAUUAUUCUUAUCAGAAUAUCAUCUGUCAGGAGCAGAAUGAGUACAGUUCAAUAUUUAUUUUAAUCUUUUUAACAACUACAUACAUUUUAUUUACCACAAGUCAUUUGUCUUUAUACACAUUCCUUUUAGGAUUAUCCUGUACUGACGUUCUGGUUUUAGAUUUUUUGAAAUUCUUAGUAAAAAUGGUAUGUCUUUGAAACCUAGCUUCUUGAAAUGAGAAACAGUCCAUUUACAUGAGUACAACAUGACUAUUUUUCAUAUGUGACUUCAAUGGUAUAUCAUGCAGAAAAUAUUAAACAUUAUUUUCUUAGCUACAUGAAUACUUUCUAUGCAAAGUUGCUUAAUGAGUUAGUUAUAACAUUCCUGCAAAAAGGAGCUGUUUCUGUUAUAUUAUAUUAUUAUAUUAUAUCAUAUCAUAUCAUAUUAUAUUAUAUUAUUCAAAUAUCUGUAAAGAAAGUUUUUGCUGAAGUUGAGAUAAUAUUAAUAUUAAAAAUGUUGGUGGCAUCAUAGAUCCUUAACAUAAGGAAACAAAGAAAACUGAAAAAAGACACUUGUGUUGUUUGACACAUCGACUAUAGUGCUCUACUUAAUGUUAACAUUUUUUCAUGGUUAAAUCUACUUGCAUAGUUUUGAGAGGUAAAAGGAGAAAUUUGAUUAAAUUCAGUAUUGCUUCAAUUGUACUUACCAGAAUAACUUGAGCAACACUGGACAUGAACUUAACCUCCAUAACAACUACUGAAUGGUGCCAGUUACCAGCUGCAGGUGUUGGUGUGAACAGUUAAAACACUGUGAAUAGUUACAGUUACCUACUACAAAAACAAAACUUGGCAGAAUACCAAGAAACCAUGCAAUUUCCUAUAAUGCUGAAGUUGAUGAGUUGUAUUUUUAGAUAUAUUUACAAAUUAAACUAUAUGAAUUAGCAGCAGGAGUUAUUGUCCUUAGAACACGGUGAGCCAGAUUUGGCACAGUAGCUAUAUGGUACAUUAAUGCUUGAAAAAGACAUUAGUUGUGUAUUUGUGCUGCACUAGGUUUAUUACAUGUGUGAUUUCUAUUGUCCUUUUGGUUUUAGCUAAUCAGAAACAUUAGACUGCCCAAUGACUAUGUUGAUAUGCACAAAAUAUUCCAUAUUUUUAUGUCUUGGCCUUAUUCUGAAAAAGACUAUUCCAUCUAAUCUGUUCACGUGGUUAAUGAAAUUAAUGUUCCACAAAUACUACAGUUUACAAAGAGCUGUGGAUACUCUGAUUUUUAUUACCACACCCACCACCACCCCCAGUCUUAAGGCUAUUCUUUCAAAAGAGCAUAAUUACAACAUGGUCUGCAAUGCAUAUUUACUCAUAUUUCCAAACUUUGGCUUGGUUGGUUAGUUUGAAACUGCUGUAGGUAUUUGAGAUGCAUAAAAUGUUUUUGAUACACGUCCAAGGAAUCCUCCUAAAAGCCAAAUUCUGCUCGACAUGAACAAAUACAAGCCAGCUGUCGAAUACAGGCUGGAUAAAACAACAAUAGGUAUAAAACUUGGUGCUUGUCAUGUAAUAUGCUACCAGUUAAGCACAAUGUUACACAAGUAAACAAGUUUAAUUCAAUCCAUUCAACAACAGAAUAUAUCAUUUUUCAAUAUUCUGUUGCACUACGUCUCUCACCUGAAGUGGUAUUCAGUCACAGAUUUCAGUCACUGCAGGUGUGUGUCUUACUGUUUCAACAAAACUGUCAUUGGUCAAACUUACAAGAGCAAAAAGGAGAUAAUGUUCACACAAUGGAAACUUUUGUUAAGCAACAAAUAGAAUCUAUCCACUGAAACGAUCAAAGGCUUUUAUGAGUAAAGAG